ACCUUGAACAAGCACUUCCUGGAGGAGUAGAACCGUUUCCGGGGGGAAAAGGCUUGGCGUUUGGGAGGAGAAACAAGAGAUCUGAACUUGUUGGGAACUUCUGUGAUGGCUACUGAGCUGGACUUCUCACCCCCUGAAAUCCCAGAGCCUACACUCUUGGAAAACAUCCUUCACUAUGGUCUUUUCUUUGGUGCCAUUUUCCAGCUCAUCUGUGUGUUAGCCAUAAUCCUUCCUAUUCCAAAGACAUACAAAAUGGAUACUGAAAGCUUUGAGAUGAAAAAUUCAGAAGUGAUAAAGAAACCCAAAGCUGCAACUGCUUCACUAAGCAAGAAGCCCAAGAAAGAAACGAAGAAGAAGAGAUAAAGCAGCUUAAUCCAGUAUUUUCAAGACCAAGUUAUGGCAAGAAGCAAGCUUUCUUGAAGACAAUUUUAAAUACUUUCAAUAGUAUUAUGUUCAUUAUCGUUAUGGAUCAAGUGGAGGUACCUCCUAAAAUAGCUUGGGGAUUAUUGUAAUAUAUGGGAGGUUUACUGAAUUUUGUACUAAGGUUGCCUCUUUUUGUUGUUGAGAUGUAAAGUCAAAGUGUCUUGAAAGAAACUGGACCAUAAGACUGCCUUCACUGUAUUCUUUUUCAUGUUUUUUUUUAAAGACAGAGAGAUCAAACACUACAACUUUUUAUUUUGUGUGACAUUUGUAUGCAUAAUAUAUGUGUUAUUAUAGUCGGUUGGGUUUCUUUUGCUUUAUUUCUUAAAUCAUGUAAUUAUUCCCAAGUUUAGCAUUUCUUGAGUACUCUGACAGUUUUAUCUAUCUCGGUUUGCACUUCAUGCCUAAUUACAUAAGUUAUUGCUCUCAUCAGUGCUUCAAAACAUACUUUUUAUAAAAAGAUUCAGGUGGGCUGAAUGCAUGAGAAUCGUGAUUCAUAUUCCAUGAAAGAUAAGCACUUCAAUUUUGAUGAAAACACACUAGAGACAACAGUACGCCAACUUUAGAGCUUCCUCUGAUAUGUGAGAUUUCAUUUUUGUUACAUAGUUGUCAUCAGGUACUGAAUGAUAAUGGUGCUGGUCAUUGAGAGACAAGGAUGAGGUGGAGAAAAAGAAAAUAACAUUUUCAGAAGUGGGAAAGCUAUAUUGGAAGAUACAUUAUAAAAU